GGCGCGCCCGGCUCCCGGCUGUCCCCGCCCGGCGUGCGGGCCGGUGUAUGGGCCCUUCACCAUGUCGUUGAAGCCCCAGCAACAGCAACAGCAGCAGCAGCAGCAGCAGCAGCAGCAGCCGCCGCCCGCGGCCGCCAAUGCCCGUAAGCCCGGCGGCAGCGGCGGCCUUCUCACGUCGCCCGCCGCCGCGCCGUCGCCGUCCUCAGUCUCGUCGUCCUCGGCGGUGGCUUCCUCCUCCUCGGCGGCGGCGAGCGCAGGCGGCGGGCGGCCCGGCCUGGGCAGAGGUCGAAACAGCAAAGGACUGACUCAAUCCACAAUUUCUUUUGAUGGAAUCUAUGCAAAUAUGAGGAUGGUUCAUAUACUUACAUCAGUUGUUGGAUCCAAAUGUGAAGUACAAGUGAAAAACGGAGGUAUAUAUGAAGGAGUUUUUAAAACAUACAGUCCUAAGUGUGAUUUGGUACUUGAUGCUGCACAUGAGAAAAGUAUGGAAUCCAGUUCGGGGCCAAAACGUGAAGAAAUAAUGGAAAGUAUUUUGUUCAAGUGUUCAGACUUUGUUGUGGUACAGUUUAAAGAUAUGGACUCCAGUUAUGCAAGAAGAGAUGCUUUUACUGACUCUGCUAUCAGUGCUAAAGUGAAUGGUGAACACAAAGAGAAGGACCUGGAGCCCUGGGAUGCAGGUGAACUCACAACUACUGAGGAACUGGAGGCUUUGGAAAAUGAUGUAUCUAAUGGAUGGGAUCCCAAUGAUAUGUUUCGAUAUAAUGAAGAAAAUUAUGGUGUAGUGUCUACAUAUGAUAGCAGUUUAUCUUCAUAUACGGUACCCUUAGAAAGGGAUAACUCAGAAGAAUUUUUAAAACGAGAAGCAAGGGCAAACCAAUUAGCAGAAGAAAUUGAAUCAAGUGCCCAGUACAAAGCCCGGGUGGCCCUGGAAAAUGAUGAUAGGAGUGAAGAAGAAAAAUACACAGCCGUUCAGAGAAAUUCCAGUGAACGUGAGGGCCACAGCAUAAACACUAGGGAAAAUAAAUAUAUUCCUCCUGGACAAAGAAAUAGAGAAGUCAUAUCCUGGGGAAGUGGGAGACAGAAUUCACCGCGUAUGGGCCAGCCUGGAUCGGGCUCCAUGCCGUCAAGAUCCACCUCUCACACUUCAGAUUUCAACCCGAAUUCUGGUUCAGACCAAAGAGUAGUUAAUGGAGGUGUUCCCUGGCCAUCGCCUUGCCCAUCUCCUUCCUCUCGCCCACCUUCUCGCUACCAGUCAGGUCCCAACUCUCUUCCACCUCGGGCAGCCACCCCUACACGGCCGCCCUCCAGGCCCCCCUCGCGGCCAUCCAGACCCCCGUCUCACCCCUCUGCUCAUGGUUCUCCAGCUCCUGUCUCUACUAUGCCUAAACGCAUGUCUUCAGAAGGGCCUCCAAGGAUGUCCCCAAAGGCCCAGCGACACCCUCGAAAUCACAGAGUUUCUGCUGGGAGGGGUUCCAUUUCCAGUGGCCUAGAAUUUGUAUCCCAUACCCCACCAAGUGAAGCAGCUGCUCCUCCAGCAGCAAGAACUAGUCCUGCGGGGGGCACAUGGUCAUCAGUGGUCAGCGGGGUUCCAAGAUUAUCCCCUAAAACUCAUAGGCCCAGGUCUCCCAGACAGAACAGUAUUGGAAAUACUCCUGGUGGGCCAGUUCUUGCUUCUCCUCAAGCUGGUAUUAUUCCAGCUGAAGCUGUUGCUAUGCCUGUUCCAGCCGCGUCUCCUACACCUGCCAGUCCUGCAUCCAACAGAGCUGUCACCCCGUCUAUUGAGGCUAAGGAUUCCAGGCUUCAAGAUCAGAGGCAAAAUUCUCCUGCAGGGAAUAAAGAAAAUGUGAAGCCCAAUGAGACAUCACCUAGCUUCUCAAAGACUGAAAAUAAAGGUAUAUCACCAAUUGUUUCUGAACAUAGAAAGCAGAUUGAUGACUUAAAGAAGUUUAAGAAUGAUUUUAGGUUACAGCCAAGUUCUACUUCUGAAUCUAUGGAGCAACUGCUAAACAAAAAUAGAGAGGGAGAAAAAUCAAGAGAUUUGAUCAAAGACAAAAUUGAACCAAAUGCUAAGGAUUCUUUCAUUGAAAAUAGCAGCAGCAAUUGCACCAGUAGCAGCAGCAAACCGAACAGUCCCAGCAUUUCCCCUUCAAUCCUCAGUAACACGGAGCACAAGAGGGGACCUGAGGUCACAUCCCAAGGGGUUCAGACUUCCAGUCCAGGAUGUAAACAAGAGAAGGAUGAUAAAGAGGAGAAGAAAGAUGCAGCCGAGCAAGUGAGAAAAUCAACUUUGAAUCCUAAUGCAAAAGAGUUCAACCCUCGUUCCUUUUCUCAGCCAAAGCCUUCUACAACCCCAACUUCACCUCGUCCUCAAGCACAGCCCAGCCCAUCCAUGGUGGGCCACCAACAGCCAGCUCCAGUUUACACGCAGCCUGUUUGUUUUGCACCAAAUAUGAUGUAUCCAGUCCCAGUGAGCCCAGGCGUGCAACCUUUAUACCCUAUACCUAUGACGCCCAUGCCAGUGAAUCAAGCCAAGACAUAUAGAGCAGGUAAAGUACCAAAUAUGCCCCAGCAGCGGCAGGACCAGCAUCAUCAGAGCACUAUGAUGCACCCAGCGUCUGCGGCGGGCCCACCGAUUGUGGCCACCCCACCAGCUUAUUCCACACAAUAUGUUGCCUAUAGUCCUCAGCAGUUUCCAAAUCAGCCUCUCGUUCAGCAUGUGCCACACUAUCAGUCUCAGCAUCCUCAUGUCUAUAGCCCUGUGAUACAGGGUAACGCUAGAAUGAUGGCGCCGCCGGCACACGCCCAGCCUGGUUUAGUGUCUUCUUCAGCAACUCAGUAUGGGGCUCAUGAGCAGACGCAUGCGAUGUAUGCAUGUCCCAAAUUACCAUACAACAAGGAGACAAGCCCUUCUUUCUACUUUGCCAUUUCCACUGGCUCCCUUGCUCAGCAGUAUGCGCACCCUAAUGCUACCCUGCACCCACAUACUCCACAUCCUCAGCCUUCAGCUACCCCCACCGGACAGCAGCAGAGCCAGCACGGUGGCAGUCAUCCUGCACCCAGUCCUGUUCAGCACCAUCAGCACCAGGCCGCCCAGGCGCUCCAUCUGGCCAGUCCACAGCAGCAGUCUGCCAUUUACCACGCGGGGCUCGCACCAACCCCACCUUCCAUGACCCCUGCCUCCAAUACGCAGUCGCCACAGAAUAGUUUCCCAACAGCACAACAGACCGUCUUUACAAUCCAUCCUUCUCACGUUCAGCCGGCAUACACCAAUCCUCCCCACAUGGCCCACGUACCUCAGUACAAGCCCACCACCAACAGCAGUUGUAAGGCUGCCCUGGAGGAACCGAAAGGCCAAAUUCCCUCCUCCCUUCUACUGCUUCUACCAACUGGAAGCACAGAAAACUAGAAUUUCAUUUAUUUUGUUUUUAAAAAAUAUAUGUUGAUUUCUUGUAACAUCCAAUAGGAAUGCUAACAGUUCACUUGCAGUGGAAGAUAUUUGGACCGAGUAGAGGCAUUUAGGAACUUGUGGGCUGUUCCAUAAUUCCAUAUGCUGUUCCAGAGUCCCGCAAGUACCCCAGCUCUGCUUGCUGAAACUGGAAGUUAUUUAUUUUUUAAUGACCCUCGAAAGUCAUGAACACAUCAGCUAGCAAAAGAAGUAACAAGAGUGAUUCUUGCUGCUAUUACUGCUAAAAAAAAAAAAAAAAAAAAAUCAAGACUUGGAACGCCCUUUUACUAAACUUGACAAAGGUUCAGUAAAUUCUUACCGUCAAAAUGACGGGUUAUUAUUUAUAAAUAAAGUUUGAUGGAGUGAUCACUGUCUACAGUGGUUCAACUUUUAAGUUAAGGGAAAAACUUUUACUUUGUAGAUAAUAUAAAAUAAAAACUUAAAAAAAAUUAAAAAAUAAAAAAAGUUUUAAAAACUGA